AGUAUUAAUUUGUGUGUCGUUCUGUUUGCUUGUAAGCUUUCGCGAUAUAGCAGUUAUAUAGUAGCGAGUGUUAAAUUUGCCAAGUACUGACUUUUUGUAUAUAUCAUAGAUAUAUACAUAUAUACUUCCACCCAAUCAGUUAACUCACCCACCCGCAUUUAUUUUUUGUAAAGUGCGCAAUUCUUUUGCCAACAAAACCCAACUUGUCAAGAGUUAAAAGAAAAAACCAACCACAGAUUUAAGAUGGCAGCCCCAGCACCAGCACUCAAGGAUUUGCCCAAGGUGGCCGAGAACCUGAAAAGCCAAUUGGAGGGCUUCAAUACGGAGAAACUGAAGAAUGCCAGCACCCAAGAGAAGAUCAUUUUGCCCACCGCUGAGGAUGUGGCCGCUGAGAAGACUCAACAGUCUAUUUUCGAGGGCAUCACCGCAUUCGAUCAGACCAAUUUGAAGCAUACGGAGACCAAUGAGAAGAAUCCAUUGCCCAAUAAGGAAGCAAUUGAACAGGAGAAGGAGAAGAAUCAAUUCAUUGCCGGCAUCGAGAACUUUGAUGCGAAAAAAUUGAAGCACACUGAAACUACUGAGAAGAACGUGCUGCCAACCAAGGAGGUCAUCGAGGCCGAGAAGAAGGCCUAAAUAAUAAUAAAAACAGCAGCAAUUGCAACUGCAACCGCAACAGCAAAUUUGGCAUCCAGCUAGCAUUCAAGCAGCAUUUACUAACUACAACUCUUCUCAUUCUCACUCAGUUUUAAAGUUCGAUUUCUUUUAUUAUUUUUUUUAGUUUUUUUAGAAAAAAAUGUAUUUUUAAUUUUUUUUUUGUUUUUGGUUUUCUUUUGUUUCUCUUUUGUUUUUGUAAGCAACAUGUAAUAUUGGAAACAACGACACUUCAUCUCCAUCCAUACAACAACAACAGCAACAACAACAAAAUAACCAGCCAACAAUCGCAAGCAAUUCUACAAAAAAGUCAAUCAAUGCCACAUCGGCAACAAAAUGUUGCGCAUGCGUCAUUCGCGUUUUAUUUAGUUAGUUUGUGGAAUCGUGACUGCAUUUUGUAGUUGGUCUUAUUGUUGUUGUUGCUGUUGGUGCUGUUGCUGUUUUUGUCGUAUUAUUAAAAUUGCCAAGUUGAUUUCCAAGUCUUGUCAAAUGCAUCUGCAAUAAAUCAGCGAAUUAAAGCUUAUUCCUACUA